AUGAAAUUAUUCAGAUUUGCAUACAGCUUCUCAAAAUACUCCUCUUAGAAUCAUUCGCUUUUAUAACAAAUAUAUUCCUAUAACUAUAGAGACCACUAUAUUGCUUACCUACUUUUGGAUCACCAAACCAAAUCUAUCAUAUCAAUUGAUCCUGGAGAUUUUGAAGCCGCCUUCUAUAAUAUAAAGAAUCUGGAAGUGAAUUCGGGAUAUCGCUUGAAUUAUAUCCUCUAAACACAUGGAAGAUCUAAUCAUACUGCAAGUGUUUUAGAACUCUAUUCAAAAUUCAAAGACGCGAAGGUCUAUAGUGGAGUUGUUGAAAAUAAGUUGUGCACACUUUUUUAAACUGAUUUUGCCAGAGAAUUCUAACCUUUUUAAAUUGGAGAUUUAGCAGUUUGUUUCAUCUAAGCUAAUGGACACACCUUUGAUAAUUACAUGAUUGCUGUGACAGAUACGAAUUCGUAAUCCACUAAGAUUCCCAUCUUAUUUUCUGGAGAUACCAUAUUAGUGAAUAAUGUUGGAGAAAUCGAAGAUUACGGAGCAUUCUUCGCUACUUUAUAAAAGUUAAGAGGAUUUCAUGAUGAGACCUUAAUCUUCCCAGGUCAUCUACCAUAAUAGGAAGUGUUUCUGUUUGCCAAAACUCUUGAACCUGACAACAUUGUUGUUUAAAAUAAAAUGGGAUUAGAUAAUUUGAUUCCCACCUCGCUCAUUGAAGAAAGAAUGGGCAAUCCAUACUUUAGAUAUUCUUAAUUGAAUGGGAAGGUUAAGGAAUCAGAUCCCAUUAAGUACUUAAAAAAAUUAAAAAAUAUAUAAAAUAAAUAUUUUAAUGGAUAAAAGGUAUGA